AUGAUUCCUAUAGUGUACCGAGAUAUAAAUUCCUUUACUGCACUCUUCCUUCUUCUAGUGUACCGGGGUGCUUGGCCUACUUACGUGCUUGGCCUACUUAGAUGUCUUAGCUUGCUUGGCUUACUUAAAUGUCUUGGCUUACUUAGGUACUUGGCUUGUUUCAGUGUCUUGGCCUACUUGAGGGUCUUGGCUUACUUCAGUAACUUGGCGUGCUUAAGGGUCUUGGCCUACUUGAGUUACUUGGUGUACUUGAGUGUCUUGGCCUACUUCAGUUACUUGGCUUGCUUCAGUGUCUUGGCCUACUUGAGUGUCUUGGCCUACUUCAGUAACUUGGCGUGCUUGAGGGUCUUGGCCUACUUGAGUUACUUGGUGUACUUGAGUGUCUUGGCCUACUUCAGUAACUUGGCGUGCUUGAGUGUCUUGGCCUACUUCAGUUACUUGGCGUGCUGCAGUGUCUUGGCCUAGUUGUGUGUCUUGGCUUACUUCAGUAACUUGGCGUGCUUGAGGGUCUUGGCCUACUUGAGUUACUUGGUGUACUUGAGUGUCUUGGCCUACUUCAGUAACUUGGCGUCCUUGAAUGUCUUGGCUUACUUCAGUAACUUGGCGUGCUUGAGGGUGUUGGCCUACUUGAGUUACAUGGCGUACUUGAGUGUCUUGGCCUGCUUAAGCAACUUGGCGUGCUUGAGUGUCUUAGCCUACUUUUGUGUCUUGGCCUACUUCAGUAACUUGGCGCGCUUGAGUGUCUUGGCCUACUUCAGGAACGUGGCGUGCUUGAGGUAAUUGGCUUACUUAAAUCUCUUGUCCUACUCCAGUAAGCUGGCGUACUUGAGUGUCUUGGCCUACUUCAGUAACUUGGCGUACUUGAGUGUCUUGGCCUACUUCAGUAACUUGCGUACUUGAGUGUCUUUGCCUACUUCAGUAACUUGGCGUCCUUGAGUGUCUUGGCCUACUUCAGUAACUUGGCGUACUUGAGUGUCUUGGCCUACUUCAGUAACUUGCCUACUUGAGUGUCUUGGCUUACUUCAGUAACUUGGCGUGCUUGAGUGUCUUGGCCGACUUCAGUCACUUGGCGUACUUGAGUGUCUUGGCCUACUUCAGAAACUUGGCGUGCUUGAGGUACUUGGCUUACUUAAAUCUCGUGGCCUACUCUAGUAAGUUGACGUACUUGAGGGUCUUGGCCUACUUCAGUAACUUGGCGUGCUUGAGGGUCUUGGCCUACUUCAGUAACUUGGCGUGCUUGAGUGUCUUGGCCUACUUUUGUGUCUUGGCCUACUUCAGUAACUUGGCGUACUUGAGGUACUUGGCUUACUUUUGUGUCUUGGCUUAAUUCAGUUACUUGGCGUGCUUGAGUGUCUUAACCCACUUCUUUAACUUGGCGUGCUUGAGGUACUUUGCUUACUUUUGUGUCUUGGCCUACUUCAGUAACUUAGCGUGCUUGAGUGUCUUGGCCUACUUUUGUGUCUUGGCCUACUCCAGUAACUUGGCGUGCUUGAGGUACUUGGCUUACUUUUGUGCCUUACUUGGCGUGCCUGAGUGUCUUGGCCUGCUUCAGUUACUUGACGUACUUGAGUGUCUUGGCCUACUUCAGUUGUUUGACGUGGUUGAGGUACUUGGCUUACUUGGCUAGGCUACUUGUUUGUCUUGGAUUGCUUGAGUAUCUUGGCCUACUUCAAUUACUUGAGCGUCCUGGCUUACUUAAAUGUCUUGGCCUACUUCAGUUACUUGGCGUGCUUGACUGUCUUUGCUUACUUUUGUGUCUUGGCCUACUUCAGUUACUUGGCGUGAUGGAGGUACUUGGCUUACUUGUCUGUCUUGGGUUGAUUGAGUAUCUUGGCUUACUUCAGUUAGUUGGCGUACUCUAGGGUACUUGAAUUACUUUUGUGUCUUGGGUUGCUUGAGUGUCCUGGCUUACUUUUGUGUCUUGGCCUUAACUUCAGUUACUUGGCGUGUUUGAGGUACUUGGCUUAAGUUUCUUGAACUACAUGAGUUGCUUGGCUUGCUAUAUUUUAGACUGGUUUCUUGGCAGUUUCGAGUUACCUCAGUGUAUUGAUUUACUGGCCUGGUGUACUUCAGUUUAAUUUAAUUUAAUUUAAUUGUUCGUAGCGCUUUGCAUGUUUGACUUCCUUGGGUAACUUGAGUGAUUUGAUUUAUAUGAAAGAAUAUCGUCUCAGUUAUAGACGCAACUUUUGCGAUUCUUAAGUGAUUUGCUUGCUUUUUUCGCGUGCUUCAGUUGGUUAAGUGAUUUGGAGUGCUCGAGAUACUUGUCUUACUAAGUUACUUGGAAUCGAGCCAGUCAUUUAUAAGACACUAAUUUUAAUUUCAAGAAUAUUAGUUGUUUGUAAUUACCAACAGUUAACUCAAGAUGGUUGGAUAUUUGACAAACGAGUCCUUUUCACCCCCAUUAUUUCCGUUUGGGGAUGAAGUGAUACUGGGGAGAGGUUCAAGAAUGUAGUGGCACACUGGCAUUUAAAAACACAGUUACUUCUCCUGGGUUCAAUCCGAAUUUUUAUACAAAGGAAGAUUAGAAUAUUCUCAUUCCAUUGCUUUGACCUGUGUUAGAGCGUUUUUUAGCCAUUUACCAGAAAAUGUAAUGACUGGACAUCGGUAUUUGUCUGCAUCGAACGAUGUCUUAGUUCUCUCCCUGAAAGCGUACGGGAGAAAUUUCCCUUCAUCAUGCAACAAAGGAGUGGCUUUACUCUACGUCUUUAUCACUAUUUAAUUACUGGCAUUUAUCAAGGACAAAAUUUAAUGGAAUUAUUUGAAGGCAUCGCAUCGCUGAACUAA